AUGCCAGCCAACUCUCAAUCCCCUCAUCAAAACGGCCCGCUGAACAGCCUGGCCAUCAAUUUCCUAAAACAAAUCAAUAAAGGAACACACUACAUCGAAAUAGUUGAGAACAUAAGGAACUACCUCAAACAACAGAAACUUUCAUUGUCCAAGCUACUAGAAGAAUUACAAAAUAAAGGCACUAAACAAUACAAAUGUCUACUUGGUUUCUGUCAUGAACAAAUCCCGGAAUGUCAAGAUGCCGCGAAAGCAUUUGCAGCAUAUAGUGUUGCAGCGCAAAAUAAUUUCUCGUACGGAUAUUUGUUCCUUGCUAUGUGUUACGAAAACGGGACUGGCGUGCGACAAUCUUUUGCACUCAAAACUAUAAUCAAGUCUGGCGGAGACAUCGUCAUAUAUGGUGAUACCGAUGGCUUGGUCUUUUUGUCCCUGGGAGUUCAAGGGACAACCUAUUUGCAAUUAUUAUUCCCGAAUCAAUUCUUUGAACGAAUAGUAAUACGCGGACGCGAUCAGACAACCCCUUACAAAAAAAGCGAAGAUAUGAGAGAAUACACCAGAAGCCGUGAAAUUGUUCUUGAUUUCCCUGAUGCGGUUGCCGUAAAGAUCGUAUCGCAGAAUUUAAAAAAUGCAAUAUUUAACCCGACAUACAUUGAUUUAUACGGAUGGAAAGUAAGUUCUGGUGCACCCGUAGGAUUUCCACCAAAUUUGCUUAUUGUUACUUGUACCUUGAUCAGUGGACAAGUAAAGACUGAUCGGAUUAGAUGCUCCGAUGCAGAUAUCAAACUUCCACAGAUACAACUUGCUCACGAAUAUCAAAUCCAAAUGGUUUCUAAUACACUUCACAACAGACUAAAACCAUUUGAUGUCGGGAAAAAAAAUGAAUUCGGAUCGAAGGUUACGUUAUGGACCGAUGAAACAAAAUCGCGUCGUCUAUUUUUUCAGACUGACUAUGAGACAAACCCUAAUCAUGACGGACCCAUAGUGUCGAUAGAGAUACCUAAUAAUCUCGUGUUUUUUCACAAUUUAGAAAAUUGGGUCUAUGUGAAUUUUGAUAUCGCAGACUUUAAGAUACAAUCAAAACACGAUACAAAUGAUAAACCCAUACAAAUAAAUUUUCAAUUAAAUGACAAAAUUCCCAAAAAUUCAAAUUAUAUGCAAAUAUCUGGUAUUGAAACUGCAUACCCAAUUCAAAUAUCAGGAUAUCUAAGAGCUACUACGAAAUUUAAGCGUCCAAAUGCACCAGCAUCAAAACCUGUGAUUCAAAAUGUGAAUAUGAAAACAUCCACCUCCUCAAUAUCACUUUCCUCACCCACUUCGAAUAAUAUAACCCCAUUAACUCCUCACCGUCGUCGAGGAUCAAUUGCAGAAAAAUUUACCACGCCAAUCCGUCGCACAAGUGCACAUCAAGGCAUGAUUACCCCAGAAGUCACUCCUCCACACCGAUUCCAACGUCAAAACACAGUCGAAAUGGAGUUGGAUGGUGCAAUAUCACAGGUGUCACUUGAACAAAAGGCCGUCAUUAAUUCAGGUGAAUAUGAGGAUAAUUGUCAUCCGCAUAAAAAGAAUCGCUUUGUUGUUACUCAUCCUGGAUAUGAAGAGGAAGAUGAUUCCCCGGAUCUUGAGGCUCGACUUACUCAUUUAAUGAAUCAAAAAUUAUCUUCAUCAUCAAAAAGUAAAGGUAAAGAAAGAGCCGAUCAACAUAUUCCACAAUUCUGA